UCUUUCUCUUUCUUUCCGAUCAACACAUCAAGAUGGGUAUUAGCCGUGAUAGCUAUCACAAGAGGCGGGCCACCGGAGGCAAGAAGGCCGCCAUCCGCAAGAAGAGGAAGUAUGAGUUAGGACGCCCAGCCGCCAACACCAAGAUUGGUGCCACUCGUGUCCACUUCGUGAGAACCCGUGGUGGAAACAGGAAGUUCCGCGCUCUUCGCUUGGACUCCGGCAACUUCGCCUGGGGCUCGGAGGGUAUGGCACGCAAGAGCCGUAUCAUCGAUGUCGUGUACAACGCCUCGAACAACGAGCUCAUCCGUACCAAGACGCUGGUCAAGAACGCCAUUAUCGUCAUCGAUGCUGCUCCGUUCCGCCAGUGGUACGAAAGCCACUACUUGCUACCACUCGGCAAGAAGCGUGAGCUGAAGGCCGGCGAAGAGGAUGUGUUGUCGAAGAAGCGCAGCCAGGGCAACAUGAAGAAGUAUCUCAAGCGCCAGAAGACCGCCAAGAUCGAUCCCGCGGUCGAAGAACAGUUCAACGCCGGUCGUCUGCUCGCCUGCAUCGCUUCCCGCCCCGGACAGGUUGGCCGUGCCGAUGGCUACAUCCUGGAAGGCAAGGAACUGGAAUUCUACCUUAAGAAGAUCAAGAACAAGAAAUCCAAGUAAGCUGCGAACCAUCAUGUGCGCGUGACCUCUCUUGAGGUGCGGCUGUGCAAGAGGAGAGAGGAAGCUGGUGUUUGCGUUGGUUUCCGGUUGUCAGUCCAUAAUCGAUGUCCAGAAGAAACACGAUGUGUGUGUGUGGUACGGGUUCGAUCCGUUUCUCGUCGAAUCUAGUGCCGCAAAUGCCAGCGAUGCAGGUCAAUCAAUCUGCAGAAAGAUCAACAAGUGAAGUGUAUGUGGAAAAGAGAAAACCACGAGGAAAGGAAGGAAUAAAACUUCAUUAAAC